AUGUGACGUAAAUGGCGUGCUGGUGCGCGGAGUUAGCUUCGCGCGGGUUUACCAAUGCUCUCGUGCCGAAAGGAAAGUAGGCAUGUCGGAUUGGGAAGAGGACUGCGACGAUUCGGCUUUGAAACCUACACCCUUAGUUAAAGCCCAGCAUUCAGGAUGGCGGUCUCAGAAGACGGAGCAGAUUUCCGACUUUAAUUUUACGCAUAAAAAAGAGUGGGGCCCCUCAGCACAACGGCGGGGACAUGAUCGGCGAGAUCCGCAGCGGCAGAACUGGGGGGGCGGGAGUGGCCAUUCGGACACUGAAGGAAAGCAGUUUUCCAGGAGGGAAAACGAAUGGAGUCCAAGUGGGCGAGGAGACGCCAGUGGAGGCCGCGGGUUACUGGCGUCGGCGCCGCUGUGCUUUUCUGUGGAUAGUUCCGCAUUUAGUUCCAUUAUAGGUCGCGGAGGCGCUAAAGUUCGUGAACUUGAGGAGCAGAGUGGAGCGAAGAUAAAGGUCAUUCGGGGCCGUUAUGAAGGGGAGGUUCAAGUAUUUGGCAGCAGGGAUGUGCAGCAAAAAGCCAGGGAAAUGAUCGCAGCUUUGAUUUCCCCGGCCGCUGGUGAUCCCGGGUCCACAAACGCUGGCACAGAGUCCUGCUGGUCCGCUUCGGCUGUCCAGAACCCGUCAGAUUUCGCCCCGCCACCGAUAGACUGGAUGUCCAUCCGCGAAAAACGGCAUGAGUAUGCGGCCCUGAAGUGGAAGGAUCUCCCUCCACUUAGGAAGGAGUUUUACAUCGAGGCGGAGAGUGUGGCUAUGCGCAGUGCUGAGGAGGUGCAGGCCUGGAGGAAGGAGAACAACAAUAUCUUUGUGGAUGAUUUGAAAGAAGAGGACAGGCGGGUUGUACCCAAUCCGGUUUGUACCUUUGAAGAGGCCUUCCAGGCCUAUCCUGGUAUCAUGGAGAACAUCGUCCGAGUGGGCUUUCUUAAGCCCACACCUAUCCAGUCGCAGGCCUGGCCCGUUGUGUUGAAGGGGCUUGACCUGAUCGGAAUAGCCCAAACCGGCACCGGGAAAACCUUGGCCUACCUCUUGCCUGGAUUCAUCCACAUGGACCAGCAGCCUGUGCCCAGAGAGCAGCGGGAUGGACCUGGCAUGUUGGUACUGACCCCAACCCGAGAGCUUGCCCUGCAGAUCGAGCAGGAAUGCAAGAAAUACAGCUACAAAGGCUUCAAGAGUGUCUGCAUUUACGGGGGAGGGGACCGCAAGGCCCAGAUCGGCGUGGUAACCCGUGGCGUGGACAUCGUCAUCGCCACUCCAGGCAGGCUGAAUGACCUGCAGAUGCACAGUUACCUGAACCUGCGAUCCGUCACCUACCUGGUCUUGGAUGAGGCCGAUCGUAUGCUGGACAUGGGUUUUGAGCCACAGAUUAUGAAGAUUAUAUUGGACAUCCGGCCUGACAGACAGACGAUCAUGACUAGUGCCACAUGGCCAGCCGGUGUGAGGCGAUUGGCUAAGUCCUAUCUGAAGGAUCCAAUGAUGGUGUACGUGGGGACGCUGGACUUGGCGGCCGUGAACACCGUACAGCAGUCAGUAAUAAUCGUCCCGGAGGAGGAGAAAAAGAGUUACCUUUUUGAUUUCAUCCGUAACCUGGAGCCCGAAGAUAAAGCGCUGGUAUUCGUAGGGAAAAAGUUAAUUGCGGAUGACCUGUCCAGUGACCUCUGUCUACACGGCAUAAAGGUUCAGUCAUUGCAUGGAAACAGGGAGCAGUGUGACCGUGAGGAUGCGCUGCGGGACUUUAAAGAGGGCCAUGUGCGGAUCCUCGUGGCCACCGACCUGGCCUCCCGGGGCUUGGACGUGCAUGACAUUACGCACGUCUUCAACUACGACUUUCCACACAACAUUGAGGAGUAUGUUCACCGCGUUGGUCGUACCGGAAGAGCAGGACGGUCCGGGGCGUCCGUGACUUUAGUGACAAGAGGAGACUGGAAGUUGGCCUCCGAACUGAUUCACAUCCUGGAGCGAGCCGGCCAGGCUGUUCCUGAGGAGCUGCUGCUGAUGGCCGAGCGCUACGAGAGGCACGAGAGGGAACGUGAGACGGGUGUGCCCACGGGGCGAGGAGGAAGAGGCGGGAGAAGCAGAGGCAGGGCUGGGGGAGGAGCAAGUAAAAUGUGGCACAAGAAUAGGGACGAUUCCACCUGGAGCUUCUAAUCUGUCCAACUUGAUUGACAGGUAUGCGCACUAAAUAAUUUCUGGCAUUUGGCAGCCUGUUCCACCUAGAAGUUUAAUUUGGCCGUAUUCAGAAACGCUUCCCGUUGCAGGACAUGAGUUGAUAACUUAAUGCAUUUUCUUUUGGUUCAUAUCAGGUUUCAGUCCUGUACAGAAUCUGUGUGCUUAUGGGCUCAGAUCAUUGUGCUGACAUCCUCCGCUUCGUGCAGAGACAAGGUCACCUUAUUAACGUUCCUGUUUAUUUAUUUUUUGUUUGACCAGCACAAAAGUUAAUGGUCUACAAAUGUGUUUAAAAAUUGUCCAUGAUGUGGAAUUUAGUUUGAGGGGCUAAAUGUGGCGAAUAUUUUCAGAAUUCAUAGUUGAUGAGGGACCCAAAAAUAAAUAAAUAAAAUAAACAAUGUUUUAUGUAUGAUUUUUAUAGACAGUGCAAUAGCUCACUGGGUGGCACAGUGGCCUUAUACGUUAUACGCUACUACGGUUCUGUGCUCAGUGUGUAUGGAGUUUGUACUGAAACCCACACAAACAUGAGAGUAUGCAAAGUCACUGGGUUCGGUGAACUAUAGAGUAGUGUGUGACUGUGGAGGUAUGUACUUGUUUGCCCUGCAAUGGACUGGCAUCAAAUCAGCUCCCAGUUCACUGUGACUGUGUGUAAGCAGUUUUUUUUUUUGGCUUCAUUUUUCUUUUUUUGAUAUUCUCAGGCUGCCUAUUAAAUCAGCCAGCUUGCUUAUGGUUCAAAAUGUUCUAUGAAAAAGCAGGCAGGUCACAUUUUUGCUUCCUCCCAGCACACCUGUACCAUGAAGUUUUGUGUUGAUUGUACUUGAUGGUUUGAUUUAGGUGUGUUGGGAGGGAGCAAAAAUUUGGACUAGAAUGAGCACAACUGCAAUAAAAUGCCUUAUAAC